CAUUUUAGUAUGCCAAGGAAGGAGAGGAGAUUGGGUAUCAAGUACAUCCACAAUGAAAAAGAGUGUGUCGUCACCUUCUUCAAGCGGCGUGUUGGUUUGUUCAAGUGCUCCGUUGACCUCUCUGCCCUCACUGGAGCGAGUGUCGCCGUCGUCCUAGAGACGAACAUCGGAAAGAUGCACUCAUUUGGGACACCAUCAGCUGACCCCAUUAUUAAUGGUUUCCUAGAUGGGGUUCCACCAACGAAUACGUCCACUUGUGGUGUGCUGGCUACAAGGAUUGGCCAACUACAAUCUGAGGUGGCUCAGUUGGAGGAUGAGUACACAAUGGAGUAUAAGAGAACUAAACUAUACAUCCAACGUAUGAAGGAGAUCCAAGUUGGCAACCCUGGGAUGACAUCAAAUCUCAUAUUCUCCAAAGAAGAAGAUCUCAAUAAGCUCUUCAAUGACCUGUCGCGUGUCCAGGAGAACAUAAGGCAUCAGUUGCCUCUAUUGCAUCAUGGCCAUCAAUUGCAUAUCAAUGGCCCAAGUGCAACCAAAAACCUGCUACCACCGAGAGGCCUAUCAUGGGAUUUUCAUAUGAAGUUGCCACAAGUGUUCCAAUCUACUCCUUCAUCUUUAGCACAACAUUCAAACUUUGUUCUGUCACCAAUUCCUAAUCAGGUACCUGAGCUACCUCUACAGCUAGAUUUGGACCUUCAGACUUGUGCAUGUCCUCAUGACAUACCAGAGAAACCACAUAACUAUGGAAGUGUUGACUCAACAUUCAAGCACAACCUAGAGGAUUCCUCCAUGUUGAUCGACUCCAGUGGCAAUAACUUCGUCGUUGAGGACCCCUUUGGCUACGAACACUGGGCUUAUGCUCUUUCUGAUCAGUCAUACUAUGAAGAAUUCCUACAGGGUAAUGCUUACUUGGGUUGUAAUGGCACUAAUGUAGGCGAAUUGUCCAUGGAAAAUGGUGGAUAUGAUGUCGACGCUCCAUGA